AUGUCGAGUAAAUAUACUGUUUGUGGAGUAUGUGAUUAUCAGCACAUUAACAAACCAUCAGUGGUCUGGUGUUCAGAAUGUGACGAAGGACUUUGUGAAGAAUGUAAAGUGCACCAUGCAGCUUCAAAGGGGACCAGACACCAUAGUAUCGUUCAAAUCUCGGAGUACCAGAAGCUUCCUUCCAAUUUAUUGGAAAUAACUCAAACAUGUUCAAAACACGAUGAAAAAUACCAAAUAUUCUGUAAGAAGCAUGAUUGUCCAUGUUGUAGACGAUGCGUUGUUGAAACACAUAACGAUUGCAAAGAUUUAAACACGAUAGAGGAUGUCAUUAAGAAUGUAAAAUCAUCAAAUGCAUUUUCAGAGAUGGAACAAGUGUUGAAAGAACUUUCAGAAAAUUUGCAGAAUAUAAGAAAAAAUAGACAAGAAAACAUUAAAAGUCUAAGGGAGAAUAGAACACAAAUAGAAAAAGAAGUUCUGCAGACACGAAGACUGAUUAACAAUCAUCUAGAUAAACUGCAGGAAAACUUGACGAAAGAGUUGUAUGACGUUGAGGAAAAGGAAAACAAAAGCAUCAUAAACAUAAUAGCAUCAAUAGAAGAGAAAGAAAGAGAAGUCAUCGAAAGCCAAACUAUUUUAGAUAAAGUAAAACAACAUGCAUCAGACCUCCAGACGUUUCUGGCUAUGAAACAUAUCCAACGAGAUGUCACAAUCAACGAGCAAUUUCUUGAAACGUUAAUAAAAGAAGAGAAAAUGAACCACGCAUCUAUUUCUUGGAAACACGAAAAUGCUUUGGAGAUCCUUCCUACCCAAAUCAAGAAGAUGGGGACCAUUAUCUUGGAUACAAGAUCAGGAGAUGCAUCCGUAUCAAACAAUAAGAACAAACAAGCACAGAUAAUGACACCUAACACACCUGUUCCUUCUAUUGAUGAUGUCAGACUUACUUUACGAGGGACCGUGAAAACAUUUGGAGAUGAUAUCACUAGUUGCUGCUUUCUUCCUGAUGGCAGAAUGGUUUUUUCCUGUUACACUAGUGAUCAAAUCCACGUCUUGAAAACCGACAGAUCAUUAGAUUUUACAUUGAAGCCGGGAUUGAAAACAUGCCAUAUAGAUUUUAUCGAGAAUAGUCAAACACUUGUCGUAACAUCUGGCUUUAACUACAAACACAUUAAGAUUAUCAAUGUUAUAAACAGAAAAAACGAAAAAUCUAUUGCUGUUGGAACACAGAUCUAUGGAAUAGUUCACAAAGAUAAGAAAUUAUUUUACAAUGGGGGAAGUCAUGGAUUACAUGUUGUAAAUUUAGAUGAUGGCUCUGAUACCCAGUUAGCAGACGUUUCCUUAACUCUCUAUAGCAGCAUAGCAACAUGGUCAGAUCAACUUUAUUUUAUAAACGCGGAUGAGUCAGUAACAUGCUGUGACAUCCAAGGGACAUUGAAAUGGAAAUUAGAACUUAACACUUUUCUUACAAACGCAAUGGGUAUAACAGUGGACAAUUAUGGACGUGUUUACGUUUCGGGUUUUGAAUCCAACAAUGUUGUCGUGAUUUCACCAGAUGGAAGCAAACAUAGAGCUUUGCUGUCAGGGAAAGAUGGUCUUAUAAAACCACAAUCUUUGUGCUUCGAUCGAAAAAACAACAACCUUCUUAUUGCAAAUCAGCAGAAUGACGCGUUUAUUUAUGACGUUUUAAAAUGA